GAGGCAAAUCUUUGGCUUCAUGCAGAAGAAGCAGCUGCAGCAUGUCUUGGCCUGCUCUGUACACUCAGCUGCUCCGGGCCAACCAUCACUCCACCAGUCUGGGUAAAGUGUGGCUCUCUGUGCUCUUCAUAUUUCGGGUCCUGGUGCUGGUGGUAGCUGCAGAGAGCGUGUGGGGAGACGAGCAGACGGACUUCAUCUGCAACACACUGCAGCCGGGCUGUGAGAACGUCUGCUACGAUCAGUUCUUUCCUGUCUCCCACGUCCGUCUCUGGUGUCUCCAGCUCGUCUUCGUCUCCUCUCCAACUCUUCUGCUCGUCAUGUACGUGGCCUAUCGUAACUACAAGGACAAGAAGAGGCUGCUGCAGGGUUCUGGGAGAUCUUUUCUCAACAACAGAACCCAGGAGGAAGAGUUGGAGGCCCUGAAGAAGAGGAGACACCCAGUGUCCGGCGUCCUCUGGUGGACGUACGCGUGCAGCCUGGUGUUCAGGCUGCUGUUUGAGGGAGGCUUCAUGUCCGCCCUGUACGUGGUGUACGGCGGUUUCCAGAUGCCACGUCUGGUGCAGUGUGACCAGUGGCCUUGUCCCAACCUGGUGGACUGCUUCAUCUCGCGGCCCACAGAGAAAACCAUCUUCACCGUGUUCAUGGCCACCGCCUCGUCCCUCUGCAUCAUCCUCAACAUGGCGGAGCUGGCCUAUCUUGUUGCCAAGGCCGUCACGAGGGUUGUCAGUGGUCGGAGGGAAAGGAAAUCACUCCGCAGAUCCAGAAGAGACAAGACGCAGAAUAAGACAAACCAGAAUUUCUUUAUUUCGACCUGAGGUCGCAGCAACAAGGUGGACGACACACACACACGAGAGAGACGUCCCAAAACUAUUCAAGGCUGCAAAUACACAAGUGAAAUAAA